CUACCCUUCCCCAUGAUCCAGGCCAUCCUAGACAGAUGUGACAACUUUACUGGCGCGUUUGUUCGCGGCACAAUUAAGUUUGUGUGCGGAGGACGCGUCGUGGGCUAUGUAACGCCGGAGGUUGUGAACGAGUUGCAGCGGUUUCAGGACUUCCAUUUGCAGUGGACACUUCGUCCCGAUGAAAGCAUAUCGUUAAACGCAGCGACGUUCGAGGAGAGAUCGGCUGUUCUCGCGCAAAUUCUUGAGUGCUGGCGCUCAAACAACACGUUUGGAGUGAGAGACGCGUGGAGAAAUGAGCUGUACGGCGUGUAUGGCGCGUCAGGAAAGCCCUUGUUGGCUGUUGAACGUGGUGGAUAUUGGCUGUUUGGCUUUGUAAGCUACGGUGUCCACUGUACGAUGUGGAGACGCAGUCGGCGUUCGCGUCUCAAACAUGACGGUUACGGCUCGGAGGGAAAAGGACGCGAGAACGAUCAGCAGUGCGAUGUGUCUUCAUGCACACGAGCUGCGGCUCCGAGUCGGAUCAGUGCACUCGACAGCACAGAGGGUGAUGAUCUCGACACCGUCACCGUCGACUCCAUCCAGGAAUCUGCACUAGGACCUAUCCAUUCGACAAUUCGGUUGGGAGGGGAAGCAGUGGGAAUCGAAGAUAUCCUGGUACUGGUGCCUCGUCGCUCGCCAAAGAAGCAGACCUGGCCCAACAUGCUCGACAACAGUGUGGCCGGCGGAAUCGCAUACGGAGACGACCCAGUUUCGUCGAUGGUUCGUGAAUGUGAGGAGGAAGCUUGUCUUCGCGUCCAGCCGGAGAUGCUCCAGGCUGCUGGCACAGUGUCGUACAUUUACCUUCACCAGCACCAAUGGUACCAGCCGGAAGUGCAGUACGUGUUCGACUUGGAGCUGCCAGAUAACUGGGACGCCCAGCCGAACGACGGCGAGGUGGAAACCUUUCAUCUGUGGCCCAUUCCGCAAGUACUGGAGGAAAUGGCCAAAGGCCAUUUCAAGCCCAACUGUGCAUUAGUUCUUCUUGACUUUUUUGUUCGACAUGGCGUCAUUGGUGCUGAGCACCCAGAUUAUUUAUCACUGCUUCAGCGGAUUCACCGCACGAUCCCGCACCCGCUCGGCGUAACUUUGAGUAGUCGUAGUGCAGGGGACAACGAAUCCAGCAACGGAGCUGAAGUCAACUCUACCACAGAAACAGCUGUGGAUACCCAUACAGCAGUCAUUCAUACCCAAUCGUCAUCCAUCCUUACACCGACCUGUGCCUGGAAGGGUACCGCUCCUCCGUACGCUCUCAUCAUUCUCAACCAGCCUAUCGACAUGGCUCACAACCUUUUUAUCGAGCUGUGGAACAACGCUUCCCUGCACAUCUGUGCAGAUGGUGGAACAAACCAGCUGUACGACUAUGAUCGCUCGUUGCAGCCAGACAUUAUCGCGGGUGACUUGGACUCUCUUCGGCCGGAAGUGCGCUCGUACUUUGCUGACCGUGGUGCCGAAGUCCUUCACUUUACCGACCAAGAUACAACGGACUUCAUGAAGAGCACAACCAUUGCCGUGGAGCGUGGCAUGCAUUUGAUAUACGCCGUUUGUGGAAUGGGUGGUCGCGUCGACCAUGCUCUCGGCAACUUGAACCACCUUUUCUGGGCGUACUCGCGGUAUCGUGGGUGCGAAACAUUCCUGAUUUCCAACAACAACCUUACCUGUCUCCUGCGGCCUGGCGAGACAGUCAUUGACUGCACAGACAACGUCGGUGCUCACUGCGGUCUGUUGCCUCUUGGCGAACCCUCUCAGAUUUUACGCACCGAUGGUUUGCGGUGGAACAUGGAACAUCGCACCAGUCAAUUCGGUGGACUUGUCAGUACGUGCAACGUUAUUGAUGCCCCGAAGGUUACCGUUUCCGUCGACCAUGCGAUGCUCUGGACCAUGGAAAUUGGAGUGCAAAGCCCGCCCGCUUCUGCUCCAACGGUUGAUGAAAAGCACGGGGCGGUUUAAAUCGUCGAAACCCAGUUUCUUUCCCGACAUCGUCUCUUCACCCUCCCGUCAUCCCCCUCAAACCUUCACGUUUUUUGGUCCUUUUUCAUUAUAUUGUAUUCCUUCGCAUACGCACUUUUUUAUUAUAACCAAUAUCAUUAUUUAUCUGACCAACUUUAUAAAGUCAAAACGAACGAUAAUUAAGUCAGAC